CCGCCUUCUGGCCCGCACCGCCCCUGCCUUUCUGCAAGCUCGGGCCUGACCUCGCUGCCUGCACCUACCGGCUGUCUCUUCCCGCGUCUAGCCCUCAUCUCCAUGCCUCAGUUCACUGCUCCUUAUAGUGGCCCCAUCCCCCCGAAUUUGGGCCUGGCCAGUCGCUCCACUUCUCCACCCUGCUCAGCACUUGUUGACCACCCCGUCACCGGUCUCCUUCCAGGCUUGUCCUGCCCCAUGGAGGUCAGGAUGGUGGGGGAACGGCGCACUGGGGACCUCAUGGUGCCCUUGGGGCCUCGGCUGCAGGCAUAUCCUGAAGAGCUCAUUCGACAGCGUCCUGGGCACGAUGGACGUCCUGAAUACCUGAUCCGAUGGAGUGUCCUGAAGUGUGGGGAAGAGGGUAGAGUGGACGUGGAAGAGGGCAAGGCAGAGCACAUCCUCAUGUGGCUGUCAGCCCCCGAGGUCUAUGCCAACUGCCCCAUGCUGCUGGGUGAGUGGGCUCUAUCUAAAGGACCUCAGCGUGAGCCAGCGGGGGGUGCAGGAAGCUUUCCCCGAGACCCAGGAGGCCUGGAUGACGUGGCAAUGGGAGAGAUGGAAGCUGAUGUCCGGGCGCUGGUGCAGAGGGCUGCCAGGCAGCUGGCAGAAGGUGGGACCUCGAGCCUCACGGCCGCUGUGCUCCACACCAUCCACGUGCUCAGCGCCUACGCCAGCAUCGGGCCCCUCACUGGGGUCUUCAGGGAGACAGGAGCCCUGGACCUGCUCAUGCACAUGCUGUGCAACCCCGAGCCUCAGAUCCGGCGGAGUGCGGGCAAGUUGCUGCAGGCUCUGGCAGCCCACGACGCUGGGAGUCGGGCUCACGUCCUUCUGUCACUGAGCCAGCAAGAUGGCAUCGAGCAGCACAUGGACUUUGACAGCCGCUAUACUUUGCUGGAGCUGUUUGCAGAGACCACAUCCUCUGAGGAGCACUGCAUGGCCUUUGAGGGCAUUCAUCUGCCUCAGAUCCCAGGAAAGCUGCUCUUCUCCCUGGUGAAACGCUACCUGUGUGUCACUUCCUUGCUGGACCAGCUGAAUAACAGUCCAGAGCCCGGGGCUGGAGACCGAGGCUCCCUGCCCCCAGGGGAGGAGAAAAGCCGGGGGCAGCGGGAGCUGGAGUUCAGUAUGGCUGUGGGCAACCUCAUCUCAGAGCUGGUGCGGAGCAUGGGCUGGGCCCAGAACCUCGGCGAGAGGGGCAUGUCGCCUCCCCGGCCGUCCCGGUCCAUCUUUCAGCCCUGCAUUUCAGGCCCCAGCGGUUUACUCCCCACCACGGUUGCCACCCCCAGAAGGCAAGAGCGGGCCUUCCGCCAGCGUUAUGAGUUCUCUAGCCGUAGCGGCUAUGGUGAAUACGUGCAGCAGACACUGGUGCCGGGGAUGCGCGUGCGGAUGCUGGAUGAUUACGAGGAGGUCAGUGCCGGGGAGGAGGGCGAGUUCCGGCAGAGCAACAAUGGCGUGCCCCCUGUGCAGGUCUUCUGGCAGGCGAUGGGUCGCACCUACUGGGUGCACUGGCACAUGCUAGAGAUCCUGGGCCCUGAGGAAGCUGCUGUGGGUACAGCUUCAGCAGCUGUGGAGAAGGGGGCAGGACCCACUAUGUUGGGCACAGCACUUCCCUCCUGGGACUGGAAGCCUGUGGAUGGGCUCUACUCUUUGCCAUAUCUCCAGCCUGAGCCUCAGAAGAAUGAGAAGUUGGGAUACCUGACCCAGGCUGAGUGGUGGGAACUGCUCUUCUUCAUCAAGAAGUUGGACAUAUGUGAGCAGCAGCCAAUUUUUCAGAAUCUUCGGGAGAACCUGGAUGAGACCCUGGAUGAAAGGGCCCUCGGUGAGAUCUCCGUGCCCAAAGAGGUGGCUGAAGGUCUUCUGCAGGUUCUCUGGAAUCGGUUUGAGGGGAGCACCCUCAGUGACCUGCUCAACUCCAAAAUCUACACCAAGUACGGGCUGCGACCUGAUAAACUAAGCAGCUCAUCUUCUUCCCGAAGUCGCUCCUGUACCCCAGAUCCAGAAGAGGAGAUCAAGUCAGAGGCCAGGUUCUCAGAGGAAGAGACCAAGUCCCCCAAAGCAAAGGCUGAGCCCCACAAAGCAGAGGCAGAGGCUGCCAAGGGAAAAACGCAGCCCCCCAUGGCACAGAGUGAUUCACAACUGUUUAACCAGCUUCUGCUGACUGAGGGAAUGGCUCUGUCCCCCAAAAUAAAGGAGGCAGCCAGUGAAAUGGCUAGAGCCUUGCGGGGUCCAGGUCCACGCAGCUCCCUGGAUCAGCAAGUGGCGGCUGUUGUGGCUACAGUGCAGAUAUCCAGCUUGGACACAAACCUGCAGCUCUCAAGCCUGGAUGCCCUCUCUCAGGCUGUGGAGGAGGUCACUGAGCCGGACCACCCUCUGGUCCGUCCUGACAGAUCCCUGAGAGAGAAGCUAGUGAAGACACUGGUGGAGGUGCUGACCAACCAGGUGGGAGAGAAGAUGGUGGUGGUGCUGGCCCUGCGCCUCCUGUACUUGCUCAUGACCAAGAAUGAAUGGCGCCCCCUCUUUGCCAGGGAGGGUGGCAUCUACGCUGUGCUGGUUUGCAUGCAAGAAUACAAGACUUCCGUCUUGGUGCAGCAGGCAGGGCUGGCGGCACUGAAGAUGCUGGCCAUUGCCAGCUCCUUGGAGAACCGCGACUUCUUUACUAGCCAGGAUUCUGCCCACCCAUUGUUCGAUGUGCAGAUGACCAGAGAGAUCUUCGCCAGCAUCGACUCAGCCACCCGCCCAGGCUCGGACAGCCUGCUCCUCACCAUCCCUGCCGCGGUGAUCUUGAUGCUGAACACAGAGGGGUGCUCCUCCGCAGUGAGAAAUGGCCUGAUCCUGCUCAGCCUGCUUUUGUGCAACCACCACACUCUGGGAGACCAGAUUAUCACCCGAGAGCUGAGAGACACCUUGUUUAGGCACUCGGGGAUCGCCCUGGGGACGGACCCCAUGCCCACCAUACGCACCGUCCUCAUGAUCCUCUUCAACCGCUACUCGGAGCCGCCGGGCAGUCCUGAGCGCACAGCAACACUGGAGCCCCCCGGUGCCCCGGGCCAGGAUGGGUCCCCCGAGCUGCUGAUCCGGUCCCUGGUUGGAGGCCCAUCUGCAGAACUCCUCCUGGACUUGGAGCGUGUGCUGUGCCGUGAGGGGGGCCCUGGGGGGGCCCUGAGGCCCCUCCUCAAGCGCCUCCAGGAGGAGGCCCAGCCCUUCCUCCUGUUGCUGCGGACUCUGGAUGCCCCCGGGCCCAACAAAACCCUGCUGCUGACGGCGCUGGGGGUCAUGACCCAGCUGCUGGAUUACUCUGAGGCAAUGGCCCUCCCCUGGCAUGAGGUCUUGGAGCCCUGCCUCAACUGCCUGAGUAGCCCCAGUAGUGACUCUGAGAUUGUGCAGGAGCUGCUCCGCUUCCUGCACCGCCUGGCCUCGGCGCACAAGGACUAUGCGGUGGUGCUGUGCUGCCUGGGGGCCAAGGAGGCCCUCUGCAAAGUGGCGGACAGGCACUCGGCGCUGGUGCUGCGGGCCGGCGAGCUCCGCGACCUGCUGACCGACUGCGAGAAGCACGCCCAGCUCUACAGCAGCCUCACCUCCAGCAUCCUGGCUGGCUGCAUUCAGAUGGUGCUGGGCCAGAUCGAAGACCACAGACGAACCCACCAGCCCAUCAACAUCCCCUUCUUUGACGUGUUCCUCAGGCAUCUCUGCCAGGGCUGUGACCGCCACCCCCUCCCACCGCCCCCAGGCUCCAGUGUGGAAGUGAAGGAGGACAAGUGCUGGGAGAAGGUGGAGGUGUCCUCCAACCCGCACCGGGCCAGCAAGCUGACGGACCGCAACCCCAAGACCUACUGGGAGUCCAACGGGAGCACCGGCUCCCACUCCAUCACCGUGCACAUGCGCCGUGGUAUUCUUGUUAGGCAGCUGACUCUGCUGGUGGCCAGUGAGGACUCCAGUUACAUGCCGGCCAGGGUGGUGGUGUAUGGGGGUGACAGCACCAGCUGCAUCAGCACUGAGCUCAACAUGGUGAAUGUGGUGCCCUCCGCCAGCCGGGUGGUCCUCCUGGAGAACUUGAACCGCUUCUGGCCGGUCAUCCAGAUCCGCAUAAAGCGCUGCCAGCAGGGCGGCAUCGACACCCGGGUUCGGGGUGUGGAGGUCCUGGGCCCCAAGCCCACUUUCUGGCCACUGUUCCGAGAGCAGCUGUGUCGCCGUACAUGUCUCUUCUACACCAUCCGGGCGCAAGCCUGGAGCCGGGACAUAGCAGAGGACCGCAGGCGCCUCCUCCAGCUCUGUCCCAGACUGAACAAGGUUUUGCGCCAUGAACAGAAUUUUGCUGAUCGCUUCCUCCCUGAUGACGAGGCCGCCCGAGCGCUGGGCAAGACCUGCUGGGAGGCCCUGGUCAGCCCCCUGGUGCAGAACAUCACCUGCCCCGACGCGGAAGGCGUGAGCUCCCUGGGAUGGCUGCUGGGUCAGUACUUAGAGCAGAGGGAGAGCUCUCGGAACCCCCUGAGUCGAGCAGCAUCCUUUGCCUCUCAAGUUCGUCGCCUUUGCCACUUGCUGGUGCAUGUGGAGCCUCCUCCGGGGCCUUCUCCUGAGCCAUCCACGCAGCCCCCCAGCAGGAACAGUAAGGGUCGGGACCGGAGCCCGGGGCCUUCACCUGUCCUCCCGAGCAGCAGCCUGAGGAGCAUGACGCAGUGCUGGCUGAGCGUGGUGCAGGAGCAGGUCAGCAGGUUCCUGGCUGCAGCCUGGAGGGCCCCAGACUUCGUGCCUCGUUACUGUGCACUCUAUGAGCACUUGCAGAGAGCAGGCUCAGAGCUCUUUGGACCUCGGGCAGCCUUCACGCUGGCCCUGCACAGUGGCUUCUCAGGCGCCUUGCUGCAGCAACCCUUCCUCAUGGCUACUCACAUGAGUGAGCAGUUUGCCAGACACAUCGACCAGCAGAUCCAGGGCUGCCUGGUGGGCAGAACCCCUGGAGCAGACAUGCUGGGGCAACUUCAGCGGCACCUGGAGCCCAUCAUGGUCCUUUCUGGCCUGGAGCUGGCCACCACUUUUGAGCACUUUUACCAGCACUACAUGGCGGACCGUCUCCUGAGCCUGGGCUGCAGCUGGCUGGAGGGGGCCGUGCUGGAGCAGAUCGGUUCCUGCUUCCCCCACCGCCUCCCCCAGCAGAUGCUGCAGAGCCUGAGUGCCUCCGAGCAGCUGCAGCGCCAGUUCCACCUCUUCCAGCUCCAGCGGCUGGACAGGCUGCUCUUGGAGCAGGAGGAUGAGGAAGAGCAGGUCCUGGAAGCAGAGGAGGAAGAGGAAGAAGAGGAGUCUGGGAAAGAAGUCUUUCUCGAGGACCCAGGUCCAGCAGUUUCUAUACUGGUCCUGUCACCACGCUGCUGGCCCGUCUCCCCACUCUGCUACCUGUACCACCCCAGAAAGUGCCUUCCCACAGAAUUCUGUGAUGCCCUUGACCGCUUCUCCAAUUUCUACAGCCAGAGUCAGGACCAUCCAGUCCGGGGACCACAUCGGCGGCUGCAGUGGACGUGGCUGGGCCGGGCUGAGCUGCAGUUUGGGGAACAGACCCUGCAUGUGUCCACUGUGCAGAUGUGGCUGCUGUUGAAUUUCAACCAGACAGAGGAGGUGUCAGUAGAAACCUUGCUGAAGAAUUCUGACCUCACCCCACAGCUACUGCUCCAGGCACUCCUGCCCCUCACCUCUGAGAAUGGCCCUUUGACCCUGCACGAGGGUCAGGACUUUCCACAUGGGGGUGUGCUGCGAGUCCGUGAGCCUGCGCUCCGGCCCUGUGGGGAGGCCCUGUGGCUGAUGCCUCCCCAGAAGUACCUGGAUGUAAGGAAGGAUGAGGGUCGAACCCUGGAACAGAAGAGGAACCUCUUGAGAUGUCUUCUUGUCCGUAUCCUCAAAGCCCACAGGGAGGAGGGCCUCCACAUUGAUCACCUGGUUUGUCUGGUGCUGGAGGCCUGGCAGAAGGGCCCAAACCCUCCCGGGAGCCUGGGCCGCACUGUGGCCGGGGGCGUGGCCUGUACCAGCACAGAUGUCUUCUCUUGCAUCCUGCACCUCCUGGGCCAGGGCUAUGUGAAACAGCGUGAUGACUGGCCCCAGAUGCUGAUGUACGCCAGCCCAGAGCCCACGGGGCCCUGCCGGGGCCAGGCCGAGAUCCCCUUCUGUGGCAGCCAGACCACCGAGGCCUCCAAGCCCAGCCCAGAAGCUGUGGCCGCCCUGGCAUCCCUUCAGCUGCCUGCAGGCCGCACCAUGAGCCCCCAGGAGGUGGAAGGGUUGAUGGAGCAGACGGUGCGGCAGGUGCAGGAGACACUGAACCUGGAGCCAGAUGUAGCUCAGCACCUUUUGGCUCAUGCCCACUGGAGUGCCGAACAGCUGCUGCAGAGCUACAGUGAUAACCCCCAGCCACUGCUGCUGGCAGCUGGGCUGCGGGUGCCCCAGCCCCAGGCUGCCCCUACACGCCCCGAUCACUGCCCUGUCUGUGUCAGCCCCCUGGAGCCGGAUGACGACUUGCCCUCUCUCUGCUGCAGGCACUACUGCUGCAAGUCUUGCUGGAAUGAGUAUCUGACAACUCGCAUCGAGCAGAACCUGGUGAUGAAUUGCACCUGCCCCAUUGCCGACUGCCCGGCCCAGCCCACGGGAGCCUUCAUUCGUGCCAUUGUCUCCUCGCCAGAGGUCAUCUCCAAGUACGAGAAGGCCCUGCUCCGUGGCUACGUGGACAGCUGCUCCAACCUGACGUGGUGCACCAACCCCCAGGGCUGUGACCGCAUCCUGUGCCGCCAGGGCCUGGGCUCGGGGACCACCUGCUCCAAGUGUGGCUGGGCCUCCUGCUUCAACUGCAGCUUCCCCGAGGCACACUACCCUGCCAGCUGUGGCCACAUGUCUCAGUGGGUCGAUGAUGGCGGCUACUAUGAUGGCAUGAGUGUGGAGGCCCAGAGCAAGCACCUGGCCAAGCUCAUCUCUAAGCGCUGUCCCAGCUGUCAGACGCCCAUCGAGAAGAACGAAGGGUGUCUGCACAUGACCUGCGCCAAAUGCAACCAUGGAUUCUGCUGGCGCUGCCUCAAGUCCUGGAAGCCAAAUCACAAAGACUAUUACAACUGCUCUGCCAUGGUAAGCAAGGCAGCUCGCCAAGAGAAGCGGUUCCAGGACUACAACGAGAGGUGUACUUUCCAUCACCAGGCCCGGGAGUUUGCUGUGAACCUGUGGAACCGAGUGUCUGCCAUCCAUGAGGUGCCCCCACCCAAAUCCUUCACCUUCCUCAGCGAUGCCUGCCGGGGGCUUGAGCAGGCCCGAAAGGUGCUGGCCUAUGCCUGCGUGUACAGCUUCUACAACCAGGAAACGGAGCAAAUGGACGUGGUGGAGCAGCAGACGGAGAACCUGGAGCUGCACACCAAUGCCCUGCAGAUCCUCCUGGAGGAGCUCCUGCUGCAGUGCAGAGACCUGGCCUCGGGCCUGCGUCUCCUGCGGGCCGACUGCCUCCACAUGGGCCUGGAGCUGCUCCGGCGGAUCCAGGAGAGGCUGCUCGCCAUCCUGCAGCAUUCCACCCAGGACUUUCGGGUUGGGCUCCAGAGUCCAUCGUUAGAGGCCCGGGAGGCGAAAGGGUCCAACGUGCCCAGCAGUGGGCCCCGGGGCUCCUCGGGGCUGGAGACGGAUGAGGAGGAAGGCGAAGACGACGUGCCCGAGUGGCAGCAGGACGAGUUCGAUGAGGAGCUGGACAACGACACCUUCUCCUAUGACGGGGAGUCGGAGAACCUGGACCGGGACGCUUUCUUCUUCGGGGAUGAGGAUGAGGAUGAGGAUGAGGGCUAUGACUGAGGGGCGGGAUGCAGGGAGCUCCCGGAGCCGUGGGGCCAGGGGGCCGGCGGUUCAUCCCUGACCACUGUCCUGAGUGCUCGGAGGGGCGGUUCCCAGCAUCUGCAGCACCUUCUGUUUACUGAAUAAACUUUUUUCAUAUACUUCUCU